UAAAUUUGUGUAGAAGGCCUUUAUGUCAGUCAGGAAGCGCAGUUAUUCAUAACGAGUAAUGAGUCACUAUUAGUUUUUGUCUAAUCUCCCACUGAAAACACCCGCCAGUAUAGAAAUGACUGUCUCCAACGCAUUUCUGUGAAUAUGUGGAAGGCAUCCGUGCCGGCGAACUUGUGAAAUUAUCUUGGAUUUUACUACAGGAAGUAACGAAAGUUUAGUGAUUAAACGGAAGAUCGUGCCGAACCCGCGACCCAGACACUCACCGACCCCAAUUCAGAGGCACACGUACACUAGUCUAUCGGCAGAGCUUCUGGCCGCAUUGCUGUGCAGGGCGGCGGUGAACAAAAAAUGGCAUCAAUGCGAAGUUUAGACGAUAUUGAUCUCUCAAGUUUGAGGGAUCCAGCUGGUAUCUUUGACUUGAUGGAAGUUGUGGGAAAUGGAACAUAUGGACAAGUUUACAAGGGUCGUCAUGUCAAGACAGGGCAACUCGCUGCCAUCAAAGUGAUGGAUGUUACUGAGGAAGAGGAGGAAGAAAUCAAGCUUGAGAUUAAUGUGCUGAAGAAGUACUCCCACCAUAGGAAUAUUGCAACAUACUAUGGAGCUUUCAUCAAGAAAGGGGUCAAAAAUCAUGAUGAUCAGUUAUGGCUGGUAAUGGAGUUCUGUGGAGCUGGAUCUGUAACAGACCUGGUCAAAGCUACAAAGGGCAACGCACUCAAGGAGGAAUGGAUCGCAUACAUCUGCAGAGAAAUACUCAGGGGUCUGAGUCAUCUCCAUGCCAACCAUGUCAUACACAGAGAUAUCAAAGGUCAGAAUGUCCUCCUCACAGAAGACGCAGAGGUCAAACUAGUUGACUUUGGUGUGAGCGCACAGCUGGACAAGACCAUCGGCAGGAGAAACACCUUCAUUGGAACACCGUACUGGAUGGCGCCAGAGGUUAUCGCAUGUGACGAGAACCCGGACGCUACGUACGACAACAAAAGUGACUUGUGGUCACUCGGUAUCACAGCGCUAGAGAUGGCCGAGGGACAACCACCUCUGUGUGACAUGCAUCCUAUGAGAGCACUCUUUCUCAUCCCAAGAAACCCCAAACCAAAGCUCAAAUCAAAGAAAUGGAACAAGAAGUUCAUGGACUUUGUUGACAAGUGUUUGAUCAAAAACUACCAACAGAGGCCUGACACAAACCAGCUCCUGAAACACUCCUUUAUCAAAGACCUUCCAAAUGAGAGACAGGUCAGAAUUCAACUCAAGGAUCACAUAGAUAGGACCAGAAAGAAGAGGGUUGAAGAUCUCAGUACCGACUAUGAAUACAACAGCAAUGAAAGUGAUGAGGAACCUGAGAUAGAAGACGAGGGAGAACCAAGUUCCAUCCUGCCCGGUCCCAGCGAGUCGACGCUUCGCAGGAAUUUCCUGCGUCUCCAGCAGCAGCAGCAGCAGCAGGAGGAAGGCGGGAGGAGACGACUGGAGGACGGACCCUCCAAGUACCAACCCCCUGAUGCGCUCCGCCCCAUCCCGAGCAGGGCCAGUCAACCCCCCUUGCCACCCACACCCUCCAGCAGAGAGCAGGCCAAAGCUCAGGCAAGGCUCAGCCAAGCUGUCGAGGGCUACACACCCCCCACUACCCCCAAAAUGGCAGUGAGGGGGCAGGUAGCCAAACCUCAGACUGUUAUCUCAAACGAAAUGGCCCAAAAGCCACAGGUUGCACAGUACAGCGAUGGAAAGAAAGCGUCUACCAGACCAGCCAGCUUCCAAGGACCAGCCAGGAAUCCUAUGGAUCUUGUUGCGUUGGCUGCUCAGUUGAGUGCGAUGGGAGGCGGCGGAAAGGUGGAUGAGGAUGAUGACGAUGACGAUGAGGAGGACGACAUGGUAGGUGGUCCUGGAGGAGAUGGAACCAUCCCAGCAUCCGACGUGCCAAGACCGCUACCUGGUACACCUGGCUAUGAAUGUGAUACAUUAGAAACAUUUAUAAUCAAAGAAGAUCCUAAUGCAAGUACAGACAGUGUUGAAAGCACAGAGAGUACAACAAGUUUCAUCCAGUCAAAGAACCAACAAGCAGGUCCAAGCAGAACACAGUUUGAUGCAGCACCAACCAGGCAGUCGAGGAGCGUGGUCCAGCCGGGAGGGAGGAGCACACCCCCUCAGGGCAGGCCCAGGUCCGGCCACGGCUCCCCAAGAGAUUCACCCAGAGACUCCCCUCAUGCACAGAGAAAACAAGAAGCUUUAUCACAAGGGGGUAAUAGAGGUAGCCCUCUUGGGAACAGAAGGAUUCCCAAAGAGCCAGUCAGACCGGGUAGCCUUGAGAUCAACGCAGGAAGCUGCGAUGUCCUACCCGAUCUUCUACCCCAGCAACAGAGUCCUAAAGGAGCAUCCUCAAAGACGCAGCAGACACCGCAGGACAAGGCAUCCUCGGAGGAGUACCGACAGGCUAUUCUUGCUGCGAACGGCACCGGUAGUGGGCCCAAGACCCCCAUGCGCAAACAGACGUCCUUCUCCGCGUUCGGAUUCGGUGCAAGCCCCACCACGCCGAGCAUACCUGUGCCACCGAACCGUCGCGGCUCGAACAUAUCGGUCAACGUGAAGCCGACGACACCAGAGAGUCUCAACGACAUGCCCGAAAUCAGGAAGUACAGGAAGAAGUUCAACUCAGAAAUCCUCUGCGCUUCAUUAUGGGGUGUGAACUUGUUAAUAGGGACAGACAGCGGUCUGAUGCUGCUAGAUAGAUCGGGAGAGGGCAAGGUGUACCCACUCAUCUCAAGAAAACGCUUCCAACAGAUGGAUGUCCUGGAGAGCCAGAACAUCCUUGUCUGCAUAGCAGGCAAGAAGAACAAGUUAAGGACCUACUUCCUGUCAUGGCUCAAGCAGAAAAUAGUCAGGAGUGACGGAGAGGCUACGCUAAGUCAGCAGCAGACGAUGGAUAAGAGGAAGAGCGGUUUCCUGUCUGUAGGUGACCUUGAAGGAUGCAUCCAUUACAAGAUCAUCAAGUACGAGAAGAUCAAGUUCUUGGUGAUCGCUCUCAAGGACAGCAUCGAGAUCUACGCCUGGGCUCCCAAACCAUACCACAAGUUCAUGGCCUUCAAGUCUUUCCCCAACCUGGUUCACCGACCUUUGAUCGUUGACCUCACAGUGGAGGACAACCAGAGGUUAAAGGUCAUCUAUGGGUCAGUCAACGGAUUCCAUGCGAUCGACCUUGAUUCAGCGUCUGUCCAGGAUAUCUACUCACCACCUCAGGAGAUUGGCACUAUCACUCCUUAUUGUGUUGUCAUCCUACCCAACUCACAGGGAAAAUACCUCCUACUCUGCUUCAACAAUGAGGGUGUGUUUGUUGAUACUAAAGGUGUCCCUUUUAAGGAUGUCAUCUUACAAUGGGGAGAGCUACCUGCCUCAGUUGCCUACAUCAGCACGGGUCAGAUAAUGGGCUGGGGGAACAAGGCUAUUGAGAUCAGGUCAGCUGAGACAGGUCACCUUGAUGGGGUAUUCAUGCACAAACGCAGUCAGCAGCUACGCUUCCUAUGUGAAAGGAAUGAUAAGGUGUUCUUUGCAUCAAUACGGCCGUCCAACUCCCAAGUUUACUUCCUCACCCUACGAGCAGGCCUCGGUAACUGGUAGAUCCCCCAUCAAAAGCCUGGAUGUCACAACUAUCCGUCUCUUCAGGAGUAUUUAGGGAUGAUCCCCUGGUUAACCUGUACAUACAACAGAGAGAGCAGAUUGUCCAUUGCUUCUGGUCCGAUCAUUUUCUCAUGAACCACAGCACCAUUGGCCCUCUCUAAAGUGGUCUUAAUCACCUACCGGUAAAGCCUCGUUCAAACCUAACAGUAAAACGUUAAAGAAGGAAUUUGCAAUGGCAAAAGAAAAUCUAUAUGACAUGCAAAUGAAAGGCAAGUCUGUUAAAAUAUCACGAGCAUGAAAGGAUCUCAACUAACUCAGGUCUGCGUGCUAUGAUGUAUAGAUUUUGA